AUGCUAAGAUUGGCCUGGACACGCUCUGCAUCAACCACUAGCCGGGUCGGACCGUCUAAGUUUUUCAGGGUAGCUUUUCUGAGAAAAGACAAGACCCAUAUUCUGGGUAGCGGAGGGGACACUGGGCACACACACACCCACCUCUUCGACAACAGUCAUACAAUAUUUUCUAACUCUAGGUCGUCCCAAGACACCUUCAGGAGUAACGGAGCAGCCUUCUUCAGCAUGGCAACAGGAGGAGGAGACAGUCUAAACACAGCCAAACACACAAAUCGCUUGAACAAGGAAAGGUCCCCUUACCUACUGCAACAUGCACACAACCCUGUGGACUGGUUCCCAUGGGGACAGGAAGCUUUUGACAAAGCAAAGAGUGAAGACAAACCCAUUUUCUUAUCAGUGGGCUACUCAACCUGCCACUGGUGUCAUGUAAUGGAGAGAGAAUCUUUCGAGGAUGAAGAGAUAGGAAAGAUGCUCAGUGAAAACUUUGUCUGUAUCAAAGUGGACCGAGAGGAGAGACCAGAUGUUGAUAAAGUGUACAUGACGUUUGUGCAGGCAACCAGUGGAGGAGGGGGAUGGCCAAUGAGUGUAUGGCUGACCCCUGACCUUCGACCUUUUGUAGGAGGCACAUACUUUCCACCAAGGGACAGUGGACGGAGACCUGGCCUGAAAACAGUCCUUACGCGAAUCCUAGAGCAGUGGAAGGAUAACAGGGCAGCCCUAGAGUCCAGUGGAGAGAGGGUGGUGGAAGCCCUGAAAAAAGGCACCGCGGUCUCUGUGAUCCCAGGGGAGACCCUGCCACCGGCCCCAGACGUUGCCAACAGGUGCUUUCAGCAGCUGGCUCAGUCGUAUGAGGAAGAGUAUGGAGGAUUUCGGGACGCGCCGAAAUUCCCAUCACCUGUGAACCUCAUGUUCCUGAUGUCAUUCUGGGCGGUGAAUCAGGUCUCCUCUGAGGGGGCGGAGGCCCUGCAGAUGGUGCUUCACACUCUGAGGAUGAUGGCGCUGGGUGGUAUUCAUGAUCAUAUAGCACAGGGCUUUCAUCGAUACUCCACAGACUCGUCUUGGCAUGUGCCCCAUUUUGAGAAGAUGCUGUACGACCAGGCACAGCUGGCAGUGGCCUACAUAACUGCAUACCAGGUGUCCGGGGAACGCCUCUUUGCAGAUGUGGCGCGAGAUGUGUUGCUCUACGUCUCCAGGGACCUGGGCGACAAGUCUGGAGGUUUCUACAGUGCUGAGGAUGCAGACUCCCUGCCUACACCUGAGGCCACAGAGAAGAAGGAAGGUGCUUUCUGCGUGUGGACGGCCGGUGAGAUCAGAGAGCUGCUGUCUGGCAGUGUGGGGGGGGCCAGUGGGGGCGCUACACAGGCCGACAUCUUUAUGCACCAUUAUGGAGUGAAAGAUCAAGGCAACGUGGAGCCUGGGCAGGACCCUCACGGUGAGCUGCGAGGACAGAACGUGCUGAUCGUUCGAUACUCCACAGAGCUCACGGCGGCUCAUUUCGGCCUGGCGGUGGACAGGCUUUCUGAGGUGCUGGCUGACGCCAGGGCCAAACUGGCAGAGGCACGAAAAUCAAGGCCCCGCCCUCACCUAGACACCAAAAUGCUCGCCUCCUGGAAUGGGCUCAUGCUGUCUGGGUUUGCGCGGGUGGGUGCUGUGCUGGGAGACAAAGCCCUGCUGGAGAGAGCGGAGCAGGCGGCCCGGUUCCUCCAGAGCCAUCUGUGGGACGAGGAAGGGAAACGGAUGCUGCGCUCCUGUUACCGUGGCGACGACAUGGAGAUAGAAAACACAGCCUCACCCAUCUCUGGCUUUCUGGACGACUACGCCUUCGUCAUAUGCGGCCUGCUGGACCUGUACGAGGCCACGCUGUCCGCGCGCUGGCUCAGCUGGGCUGAGGAGCUCCAGCACAAACAGGACCAGCUCUUCUGGGACGCCCAGGGCAGCGGCUACUUCUGCAGCGACCCGUCUGACCCCGCCCUGUUACUGACACUGAAAGAGGAUCAGGAUGGGGCAGAGCCCAGUGGUAACUCUGUCUCGGCGCUGAACCUGCUGCGUCUCUCCCACUUCACGGGCAAACAGGAUUGGCUGGAGCGAUCCCAGCAGCUGCUGACCGCCUUUUCCGAUAGGCUCAUUAAAGUGCCGAUCGCUCUGCCCGACAUGGUCCGCGGCCUCAUGGCCCAACACUAUACUCUGAAACAGAUUGUUAUCUGUGGCCAGCCUGACGCUGAAGACACUCAGAGCCUGAUUGCCUGUGUCAACUCCCUGUUCCUGCCUCACAAAGUCCUGAUGCUGGCAGACGGUAACGAGGACAGUUUUCUCUAUCAGCGACUGCCUGCCCUGUCCACCAUGGGACCAGUGGAGGGAAAAGCUGCGGCCUACGUUUGCCAGGACUUCACCUGCGCCCUGCCCGUCACCUGCCCCGAGGAGCUCCGGAGACUCCUGCUGGAGUGAGGGCCCCCCAGACGGCGGUCCGCGGCCGCGACAGGCCGCGCUCGGCAAGCUCCCCCGGAAACCGCAGACACAACCCCCUCAGUCACCCCCUCUUAGAACAGAGCUUCGGAUGAAUUAUCCACACCACACCCGUAAUAGGGAGUUUUGGUUUCAGAGUUUAUCAGAGCGUAGAUAGAGGGCCUUUAAGGAUGGCCGCAGAUGAAACGCACAAAGAAGAGUAGAUGGCGAACCUCUAUGGUCGAGCUCCUUAACGUCUUCUCUUGCUCCAGGACCUAGCCUACCUUUAGCCUUUAGCAUGGGGUAGACACACUGUGAUGUUGAAAUGUUGAAAGGGUUAAUUAGAAGAGGGUUUAA